GCAAAUGGAUUUAGGAAAAGCGCAAGUGACCAUGCCGUGAUCUUGCGCAUCCAGGGCCGCCGUCACCCUGCCUUGCCCAACGACCGUAGAAGAAUUACGGGGGAAUCGAACCCGCGCACCGGGUCCAACCUCAGGCUGAUCCCGCUUCUGCUGCUGUUUCUUGGUUACUCUCGCGGGAUGCCACACGUUUUAAGAUUUGGAGGAAUAUUUGAAUCCAUUGAGAGCGGCCCCUCAGGAGCAGAGGAACUAGCCUUUAAAUUUGCCUUGAACACAAUCAACAGGAACCGCACCUUGCUCCCCAACACCACUCUGACCUAUGACAUCCAGAGAAUAAACAUUUUCGACAGCUUUGAGGCCUCCAGGAAAGCAUGUGAUCAGCUUUCCCUCGGAGUGGCGGCCAUUUUUGGCCCCUCACAUAGCUCGUCGGCCAAUGCAGUCCAAUCCAUCUGCAAUGCUUUGGGAGUGCCCCACAUCCAGACCAAGUGGAAGCAUCAAGUGUCAGACAACAGGGACUCCUACUAUGUCAGCCUGUACCCCGACUUCUCCUCCCUCAGUAGAGCCAUCCUCGACCUGGUGCACUUCUUCAAGUGGAGAACAGUCACUGUGGUGUAUGACGACAGCACAGGUACAGGUCUCAUUCGACUGCAGGAGCUGAUCAAGGCACCGUCACGAUACAACAUUCGUUUGAAGAUCCGACAGCUGCCCACAGAGACCAAGGACGCCAAGCCACUUCUGAAGGAGAUGAAGAAGGCAAAGGAGUUCCAUGUCAUCUUUGAUUGUGGCCAUGAGAUGGCUGCCUGGAUCCUAAAGCAGGCCCUGGCCAUGGGUAUGAUGACAGAGUACUACCAUUAUAUUUUUACUACCCUGGACCUUUUUGCCCUCGACAUGGAGCCGUAUCGUUAUAGUGGAGUCAACAUGACGGGGUUCCGCAUCCUCAACACAGAAAACUCUCAGGUGUCGUCAAUCAUCGAGAAGUGGUCAAUGGAGCGGCUACAAGCCCCACCCAAACCGGACUCAGGCCUGCUGGAUGGAUUCAUGACGACGGAUGCAGCGCUGAUGUACGACGCCGUGCACGUGGUGGCAGUGGCAGUGCAGCAAUCGCAGCAGAUCACCGUCAGCUCCCUGCAGUGUAAUCGCCACAAGCCAUGGCGCUUCGGGGGGCGUUUCAUCAGCCUCAUCAAAGAGGCACACUGGGAUGGUUUGACAGGACGUGUUCUCUUCAACAAGACCAAUGGACUGAGGACAGAUUUUGACCUGGAUGUCAUCAGUCUGAAGGAGGAAGGACUGGAAAAGAUUGGAACAUGGGAUCCUCCCAGCGGUCUGAAUAUGACAGAGACUCACAAAAGCAAGACAUCCAACAUCACAGACUCUCUGGCUAACAAAUCCCUGCGCGUAUCCACCAUACUGGAGGAGCCAUAUGUGAUGUUUAAGAAGUCAGACAAGCCUCUGUAUGGGAACGAUCGUUUUGAGGGCUACUGUAUCGACCUGUUAAGGGAGCUCUCUGGCAUCCUGGGCUUCCGAUAUGAGGUGCGAUUGGUGGAAGAUGGGAAGUACGGCGCCCUGGAUGAGAGCACAGGCCAAUGGAACGGCAUGGUGCGGGAGCUCAUGGACCAUAAAGUAGACCUUGCAGUCGCUCCUCUGGCCAUCACCUAUGUCAGAGAGAAGGUCAUCGACUUCUCAAAGCCCUACAUGACGCUGGGGAUAAGUAUCCUGUACCGCAAGCCCAACGGCACCAACCCCGGAGUCUUUUCCUUCCUCAACCCCCUCUCACCCGAUAUCUGGAUGUAUAUUCUGCUGGCUUGCUUGGGUGUCAGUUGUGUGCUGUUUGUCAUAGCCAGGUUUAGCCCUUAUGAGUGGUACAACCCGCAUCCAUGCAACCCAGACUCUGAUGUAGUGGAAAACAAUUUUACGCUGCUCAAUAGUUUCUGGUUUGGAGUUGGGGCUCUCAUGCAGCAAGGCUCAGAGCUCAUGCCCAAGGCCCUGUCGACUCGAAUAGUGGGAGGCAUCUGGUGGUUCUUCACCCUCAUCAUCAUUUCCUCAUAUACGGCGAACCUGGCUGCCUUUCUCACUGUGGAGAGGAUGGAGUCGCCUAUAGACUCAGCAGAUGACCUAGCUAAGCAAACUAAAAUCCUGUACGGGGUGGUGGAGGACGGUGCCACCAUGACCUUCUUCAAGAAAACAAAAAUCUCCACCUAUGACAAGAUGUGGGAGUUCAUGAACAGCAGGAGGCAAUCUGUGAUGGUCAAGAACGUGGAUGAGGGCAUCCAGCGCGUCUUAACCUCAGACUAUGCCUUCCUUAUGGAGUCCACCACCAUCGAGUUUGUCACCCAGCGCAACUGCAACCUCACACAGAUCGGAGGCCUCAUAGACUCCAAAGCCUAUGGAGUGGGAACACCUAUGGGCUCCCCGUACAGAGACAAGAUCACGAUAGCCAUUCUGCAGCUGCAGGAGGAAGGGAAGCUGCACAUGAUGAAGGAGAAGUGGUGGCGAGGGAACGGCUGUCCCGAGGAGGAGAGCAAAGAGGCCAGUGCUCUGGGGGUGCAGAACAUUGGUGGGAUCUUCAUCGUGCUGGCUGCAGGACUGGUGCUGUCAGUGUUUGUGGCUGUAGGAGAGGUCCUUUAUAAGUCUAAACAGAAUGCCCAGCUGGAGAAGCGAUCAUUCUGCAGUGCCAUGAUGGAUGAGCUGCGUGUGUCUCUGAAGUGCCAACGCCGUCUCAAACAAAAGCCUCAGCCGCCCGUCAUCGUUAAGACAGAGGAGGUCAUUAACAUGCACACGUUCAAUGACAGGAGACUCCCAGGAAAGGAAACCAUGGCAUGAACACUGAGCAUACCCCGAACACACCCCUCACUAAAAACCAUGGAGGGGUGACGGGGUAAAAAAAAAAUGCUGACUUAACCACAGACUGAGGUUAGCACUCAAAACAGGAUUCUUUUGAACCCACUUGCUUAUGUAGACUGAUGUUUCCUGUGGAAAUAUAGAUACCUGAGCAGCGUCACCUCACUGUGACGUUCACUUUUAGAAGGGAGCUAGAAAGGAAAGACUGAGAAGUACGUAAAAUGAAAGAGGAUCAAAGCAGAUAUGGGACAAAACAUAAGUCUGACCACACUAGAGGUGGACUUAAACACUCACACUUACACAUAACCCAUAUACAGACACACAGACACACACACACACACUCAUCUGACACACUUGACACUUGUGCAGAAGAGAAAACUCUAUUGUGACAGUAACACCAGAUGUAGUUUUUCUGUUGAUGUCAAUGCCCUUUUGUCUUACAUCCAUGUGUGUGUGUGUAUGACACCAUCGGUCCCUCCCUUCAGUGACUUGAGUUUCUUUAAAAUGAUUUGAACAAAAGCACUAAUCUCACACCAACAAAGGGAACGGUAGUCAGGGCCAAAUGGUUUACUAUGAACUGAUGUAUAAAAAUGAUAUUUAGUUUGGAAUCAUCCAUGCUGACCUUGUCGAAUACUCAUCGUUUUCUUCUGUAAUGCCUUUAUCGUGCCAAAGUUCUGCCAUUGUAAAGAACUUUCUACCAUGCCUGUUAUGUUCAAAGCCUCUACAAGCAAUGUAUACUGUCAAAGUCCUUAUUCAUGUUUGUCCUUACACGCGAUUGCAGUUUUCACUCUGUAUCAGUUGUUGUUUAAAAUGCAGGAUUUCUACAAAAAAUGUUUGUUUUUGUACAAGAACAAGAGGUUUUGUAGUACUUUGUAUCAUGGUAGCCCCUCAUGUGGACAACAUAUGUAGCAGAUACCAACUCAGCCCUCAAACUCUAACAACUGUUUCCUAUGGGGCUUCAAACUCUGCUGUGUAGGGUUCAUUCCUCUCAUCAAUCAGAGAUUCAGUCUUUUGUCUGUCAGUAUCGUGGGGCCAGCUGUACAUACUGUCUGGAGACAAUGUGGUGGUUUUUGGUGGGUAAAAACAUUGAAACUGAAAACUAAGUGGGAGAGGCGGUGAGUCAUUCUAGAAAUUGGAACAGUGCUUCUAUCAGCAAAUUCCCGCUGAGGUGUGGUUAACUAUUGGUAACUAUGAUGAGUCACCAUGAAAGACGUAGUAAAAUAUGCAGAUGUUGCUUCUUAAAGAAAAACAAAACAGUAGUUAGGUACGAGGCUACAUUUCAGCCCUAAUAGCCUGCAAAAAUUCUAGUUUUAUCAUGGGAGCAUUGACUCGUAUUAAUACCUAAAAAUCUAAUUGUUGCACUGGAAGAACUUUAAUCAAAAAAAAAGAAAAAAGGUCGAAGUAAUCCCACAGCACUGACAGAUUGUGUUUCAGAAAAAUAAGACUUUUGAGAACUCAAUAAUAGACAACAUUGCAUUGUGGACAGCCAGAGAAAAUUAAUUAUUGUCUAUGAAGAAUACAAUCUCCACAGAAGGUCCUUUAGUAGCUGUUUUGGAGCUUUUGAUCACAUCACAUGAUUUUUCUUGGCGGCAAAUGAAAUUCGCUCAGUCUUCUCACUGUCAACUUUUAAGCCAAUAAAAUUGGACAAAUGGAAAAAUUGGACAUCUAUCAUUCCAACCAGGCAAGGUUUUCUCCUGAGGAUCACUAUAUUAUAUGAUCAAAGGCUCCAGAACACGUACUAACUGAGAUUGUUUUCUUGGCUGCUGCUUCCAAGGUCAGGAAUUAAUUUUGAACCACAAUGAUGGGCGACUUGUUGAUGUACAUAUGCAGUAAAUCUGACGUGGGAAUAAUCCGCACUUUUGCUAUGUUAACUUAGGCGGAAUGUUAACAUAGCAAAAGUCUCACCUCGGCUCAUUUGCCAGGUGUUGCUCCACUCAUAUCGCCUCAGCCUUUAGCAAGUGGACGGAGCAGCUCAUUGAGCCACUAAUUGUCUCCAGAUGUAUAUUCUAUUCACAAAGUGACACAAUCAUGUUUGGCCCCACGACACAUCUUGUCUGUUGACUUUGUUUCAUGUUGCGAAAUGACAAGCAUACAUGGUAGGUUAGUUCUUCACGGGCCCUGUCUUGCUACACUACCCAGUUAAUCAUUCGACCCGUUAUUCCAGGCAUUUCAGAGACCAAAAAACAAACACAACGCUAGUGAUGACAUCUCUGCUGUACAUGAAUGGAUAAAGUUAAUGACCCUAUAGUCAAUGUUUUUUUUAAAAAAACUAAAAAAAACGCAUAUACACAUUAUGAAAAUUGACAGGGAAGACAUAAUCCUGAAACUCAUUGGCGUUCUACCAGUGAUGCUUGUCAUUUUCCACACAGCUAAAUCUAGUGGUGCGAGCUGAAGUGAUUGAAUACCUGGAAACAUUUAUUAGAAACGACUCCAAAGGCUUGGCUGUCCUGUCGAAAAACAAAUGCGAGCUCAUGGAAUUUGACAUUGAUGCAAGGUUUUACAAAUAAUGUCAUUAAAAAUGUCAUAAUUGUA